AUGAAAAGAAAUAAAAUACUUUUAAGAAGAUAUUUCAGCAGUAAUAAUAUUUUUAAUAAAAAUAUAAAAAAUGGACAUACUCAUUUUCUUUAUAAUAAAAUAAGAAAUAAUUUAGUCUUAAAAAAAUAUGUUAGUAGUAGUAUUUUUGAUGUAUUUGAUAAAAUAAAAGAUUCUAAUAAUAAAGAACAUGAUGAAUCAACAGAUGAGAAUGUGAAUAAAAAAAGAAAACCAUCUAAAAAAGUAUUAAAACUUGUAGAUGAAAUUUUAAAUUUAACUUUAAUAGAAGCAGCUGAUUUAUGUGAUUUAUGUCAAGAAAAAUUAGAAGGAAAUCAAAAAUUUAAUAAUUCCUUUUUUAUAAAUAGAAAUCCUUUUCCUCAUCCAUCUAAUUUUUUUGGUGCUAAUCAAAAUAUGUUCCCACCAUCUACUGCACAAAAUGCGAUGAAUUUAAAUCCUAAUGUUGUAAAUGAUCAUACUACAUGUACUACUGAUUCUAUACUUGAUAGUAAAGAAGAAAAAUCAGAAAAAAAAAAAAAUGAAGACAAAAAAAAUACGAAAAGUACAUUCAAUGUAAAACUAGAAAAAUUUGACGUAAAAAAUAAAAUUAAUACGAUUAAAGAAAUUAGAAAAAUUACUAACGUAGGAUUAAAGGAAGCAAAGGAUAUGGUAGAAAGUGCUCCCUUCUACAUACAAAAGAAUGUACCUUCCGAAAAAGCCGAAGAAAUGAAAAAAAGUUUUGAACAACUAGGUGCAACAAUAAUUUUGGAAUAA